ACCAUUUUUAAUCCCCCAUUUAGAAAAUCUCAAGCUAAUAACAAAUCCAUAGGUUUAGGUCGAGAUUGUAUAUUUCAUAUUCAACCUGCACGUUUCCCGACCUCGCCCACUUGUUCAUCCAACCACACGUGAUCUUCUUUCAGCUACCACGUGACUCUCAUUCCAACCUUAUUUUGCAAAAAAAGAACCGGGUGAAAAAUCGGAAUCUAGGUAUUACUCAAUCUCAACCAAACAGCACACCAAUCACAAAAAAUGUUUAGAUCCUGUGUCCGUUCGUUCUCGUCCACUGCGCGCUCCACUGAUGCCUUCUUUGACAAGGUCAUCAGUAACUUGAACAAGCCAGUGAGCGCUGCUCUGGCCGGGACCCAGUCUCAGGCUCAGACCUUCAGACGCCCUGCGGCCGCUGGCCCCAGAGCGGAGCCCUCCGGCAGAAGAUUCCAGAACGGGACCGCCAAAGAUAACAAGAAGCCAUUCAACCGUAACAACAAGAGCGCUAAGGGCAAAAAGCCAGCCGGUCCAAAGGUCUCCAACAAGAGAACCAGAAAUAUCAACCCGCCAGCGUGCGAGUUCCCAGGUACUCCGUUCGUGCCAGAUGUAAUGGACCGCGUCCAGCUUUUACAGGCCAGCAGAUCUGUCUUUGGCUACAGCCCAGAGUCGCGCCUCUUGAGAGCCCAGCAGGAGAUCCAACAGUUCAAUACCUCCACCAUGUACACCGCUGUUGAGAAGAAGGAGCAAGCCUCCCAGAUCGCGGCUGAGGCCGUUGCUAAGUGCGUAGUUGGAGAACUCACCCAGGUAAAGUUCAACCCAAAGGCUUACAAGAGUGCGGACAUCGCGUUGAACGCCCAGGCCGCGGCCCUCGCCAUUGACGGCAACGUCAACUUCCCAGCCGCUAUCAAGGAAAACCUCUUCCAGGUUGUGUCUGGUGCCAGACCCGUCAAAGAGCUUGCCGAUGUCACCGCUGCGUAGGGGAAUAUAUCAUGUACAUAAUAAUAUAAGAUUAAAAAGACUAGGGUGUGUGAAGGCACUAGGACCCCAUAACGUAUAGACAUCAGGAGUUGGCAAGUGCUUCGAAAUAAGCAGUGUGAGGGAAAUGGCACAGUGAGAAACGGAGGAAACAUCAAGUUUGGUAGCGUAAGCGGUGUUGAUCAGGAUACGUGGGAAAAGAGCGAUAAUCGGCUUGGAUCGAGCCAACCUUCAGCCAUACAAAGCUAUGAAAGCUUCAUCUAUCCAGGAAAUGAUUUACAAUCACCUUCACUUGCCC